GAUCUCUCUUCUUCGGGAUUUUCCUCAUCUACCCAAAUGUCCUGCUCUACUUUCUUUCUAUCUUCACUUUCUUCCUUCCACCAGAGUCGGGCGAGAAAGUAAGCUUCGCCGUUACUCUGCUGCUCGCUCAGGUAGUCAAUUUUGGAACGAUGCUCUCCAUCUUUCCCCGCAACUCUCUCCACAUCCCCACCCUGGUCUACUUCGCCGGCGCCGUCUCCUUCCAAAUGACCCUCAUGUGCAUCCUGGCAAUUAUGGUUGUCAAACUGCAUUUCACCGAUGAAAACGCGAAGGCAAACAAGUAUCUACGAGCAGUAUCCGCGUCUAAAGUGGUUUACUUCAUCGGCUUAGAGCCGUUUCCUUCUCAGAAGAAAAACAGCAUCAGCCCAACCGCCUCAAAAACUGAGAAACAAGUGGAAGAGAACAAAAAUGGCCCUGCAGAAGAAAUGAACCCUGAAGAAGAAAUGAAGAACAGAUCUGCAAACAAUGGUGACUUCUGGAGACACCUGGCGAUGGUUCUGGACAGGAUCUUCUUGGGAUUUCACGUGGCAAUCAUGACUGCAAUCGCAACUUAUUUCCUUUUUGACUUUUACUAA